GGAUGAGUAGUGAUGAAGAAAUCGGUGAAUUGAAAGUUGUGUACGAUUUCAUUGCACAGGGCAAAUUCAAGAAGGCGUUUGCCAGUGCCACGAAAGUUCUUGACCAGCGGUCGCCCCCAUCACCGGAAGCGGAAGAGGAAGAUCCGCUGCGAGAGUUGUUUCUGUUCGUCGUGACCAAGUAUGCGGAGCAGCUCGAGCAGGAGGGUAAAAUCGAACAAGUGUUUGAGAUUAUCGAGCAAGGAUUGGAGUACUUUCCCGAGCAUCCAGAGCUGCUGAACGAGACAGGAGUGCGAUUGCAAAGGUAUGGCCGGUCGUUGGAAGCGUCCAUUUGUUUUGAGCGCGUACUGCUGCAGGAUUCGCGUUAUUUGAAGGCGUACCAAAAUUUGCAAAACACCAAAUGCGAACUCGUUGAACGAUGGCACUUUCGCAUGCUAAAUGACGUUGUGCGCAAUGCAGCAUUUCGUGCCGCGAUCGAAAGCCAGAUCGCCGAAGGAUACAACGAAGUGCUGGAUAUCGGGACCGGCACGGGACUGCUGUCGAUGUACGCAUUGCAAUGCGAGGGCAUCCGCAAGGCAGCAGCUUGCGAUGGGUCGGAAAUAAUGGUGCAGAUCGCACGGGACGUGUUCGGCGCAAAUGGACUGAGCGAUCGCAUCUGUCUGUUUCAAAGCUAUUCGCAGGAUUUGAAAAUUGGCGAACGCUUCUCGCUGAUCGUUACCGAAACCCUCGAUUCUGGUGCAUUUGGCGAAGGAAUUCUCGAAACAUUAAUUCACGCUAAACGCCAUCUGCUACUGCCCGAAGGAAAGAUCAUACCGGCCAAGGUAACACUGUACGCGUCCGGAUAUCAAUCACGCGCCUUAACAGCAAGCAAUAUUUUAAUCAACGAAGCAUUUAUAGAGGAUUUCUCAUUACCCAGCAAUUGUUUGCUGUCGAAGGAAGGCACAAAGUGUUACGAUGCGGAAGACAUUGGACGGAUUCAGGCAAACGAUGACUUUGAAUUUGUGACCGACACCGUAGUAUCGAUGGUGGUCGAUUUCAAUGAUUUGGACUGUUUGGUGCGUUUCCAGGAUGGUACGGAAGUGGGUGAGGUAGAAUUAACCUGCCUGGAUGAUGGUUUGCUGUUGGAUGGUUUCGUGGUGUGGUUCGAUCUGCAGCUGGAUGAGCAUCAAGCCAUCAGUACCGACCCUACCACCAGCACCUGCUGGAAUCAGGCUAUCUUCCGACUUAACCAACGCCUUCCGGUUGCAAAGGAUCAACGAUUGAAGCUGACAAUGUCCUGCAAGGACGGUGCACUUUCCAUUGCGCACAACCUGAACUCGGUAGAGAACCAGAUCAGUGUCCACGAGCAUGUGCUGGAGUUUCUCAACGACAACGAGUAUUACAGCAACCUCACGGAAGCUACCGAAUCCCUCGACGAUAUGGAGAAGGUGCUCGAUCUGUCGCUCUUUCCUUACGCAGGGUUGAAGCUGCUAAAGGAGGGAAAAGCACGAAUGCUGUUCUGUCUUGACCAGGCGGAAGAUUUGAUCGAGUUUGUUGCAAAUCAAAAUGACAUUCCGAUGGGUAGCAUCAUGCUGGUCAACUCACUCCAGGAGAUAUUUCUACUAAAUGACUAUACGCUAGACCUGAUUAUUCUGCAGCCGGUGGACGUUUUCGGACAGAUCAACAGUGAGCACUUCUGCCUUUAUCAAUCGCUGCUGGGCAAGCUGAAACCCAUCGGUACGGUCGUCCCAUCGUCGCUCGAGCUGCACGGUAGCGUAAUUGAGUCCGAUUGGAUCGUUAAAUGCAGCCGUGUAGAGAAUCCAGAGCUGGAACAGUUUCAAAUCGAUAAGUAUCUCGCUUCGCUGGAAACUGAAAAUCAUCUCGACCUGGGUCCAUUUUCUUACCGCAAUCUGUCUCCCACUGUUAAGCUAGCGGACAUACAGUUCGAUGGAAAACUGCACGAAACGGCACUGGAAUUGGCACUGUCGGAACCCACCGAGGCAUCGCGUGUGCAUGCCAUACUGUACCAUUAUCAAAUCGGGUUCACACCUGACCGACCACUGCUCGGCACGGAUCGAGCUCAAUCCUUCGCUAAGCGAUCUGCCUUCAUCAUUCCUAAAUCUACAUUCCACGGAACGUCCGGCGAUGACGAAUCUUCCUCUGAGAGCUCACAGAUAGAGCAGCUGUACACUACCGUGCUUCAAAAUCAUGGAGUCAUUAAAUGUGAUAUUGCCUCCGUUAGCCAGUAAUGAGAACAA